UGGAUGUGCAUCUUAGGCUUGAAGAAAAUAACGUUUGUUACUGCGAUUUUAAUGUAUAUAGAAUUUACUGCAUUCUGUGACUAUACCGUUAUUGUCAGUACGCUGCUAUUCAGACAAUCAAGCAAACCACUGCUGUAGUAAGGUCACAUGGAAAUAUUAUUUUACGGCCAAAGCAACUCUCAUGACUCAUGAAGACAGAUUAUGUUUCUCAUGCUGUGCAUGUAACUCUUCCUUUUAAAAAAGGGCUGCGAUGAUUUUGGCUCUUGAUCCUCUCUCAUACUUGAAAUCGUAAAGAAUGGAGAGCAUCUUCAGUGUUAACGAUAAGGUCGUUCUGGUUACUGGUGGCUCCCGUGGAAUCGGUGAAAUGAUUGCCACCGGAUUCGUUGCCCACGGUGCCAAAGUUUACAUUACGAGUAGAAAAGCUGACGUAUGCGAAAAGGUUGCAACAGCUUUGAACGCGCGUGGACCUGGUCAAUGCAUUGCCCUCCCAGCUGAUUUGCAAAGCCUCGAUGAAAUUAAGCGGCUGGUGGCUGAACUUUCAAAACGUGAAGAUCAUUUGGAUGUGCUCAUAAAUAAUGCUGGAGCAACAUGGAAUGAGAGCUUUGAAACCUAUCCGGACGAAGCGUUCGAAAAGAUCAUCAAUCUCGAUUUGCGACGCGUCUUCUCGCUCAUCCAAGCUUGCUUCCCCUUAUUGACAGCCAAGUCAAGCAACUCGAACCCUUCCCGCGUCAUCAACAUUGGGUCAGUGAACGGUGAAGGCAUCGUAUCGAACGAAGUAUACGCAUAUACGGCAGCGAAAUCGGGCCUGCAUCAUCUUACCCGACACAUGGCAGGAAAACUGGGUCAUAAAGGCGUAACCUUCAACAAUGUUGCACCCGGUGCUUUCCAGUCGAAAAUGAUGGCAGAGACCUUGAAAAAACACGGUGACCAUAUAAGAUCAACUAAUCCCAUGGGGCGCAUCGGCUCAGCUGAAGAUAUCGCAGGAACCUGCAUCUAUCUUGCUUCUCGUGCUGGAGAACACACGAAUGGUGCGACAAUUGCAGUAGAUGGAGGCAGCAGUUGGUAUGGCAACCGUUUGUAACAUACCCCACGCUUUCCAUAGUGACUAUCACUAUGUAGCCAAAUAAGUAAACAGAUAAAAAAC